ACACACAAAGUUCGAUUCAAAACUCUGAAAUUCUACAUAACACGCGAUCACACAUUUGGAUCUACCAAUGUUUUUUGGUGAGAAAUUAACUCCAAAAGGAAACUUUUGUUGCUUUAAUCGGUUUCACACGUCAGUUCUAGCUUUGCCAAGUCAUUUCAGUAAAAAUAUUACUACUAUUGUUAUCGCCACAACAUUUGGGAUGCAGAUCUGGUUACACCUAGAAAAUUAAAUACUCCUAGAAAGGAGCCACUCGUACAACUUCUACAGCAUAAAAAUACGCAUAUGUCGCUCAUCCAAAAACUCCCUUCCUUUCUUGCUUCUCUUCCUCACUUUAGUCCUUGCCUCUAAAACUUCUCUAUUUGAACCAAACGCCCCAAAACAAAUAUGAAGGAAGAUAUACAGCAAAGUGAGAACAGGUUACAGGAAGAGAUAAGAGCUCCUCUCAUCACUCAAACAUAUAAAAGGGCAACAGAAGAACAGGCAGAAAAUGGCUGCUACGAGAAGAAACAAAACAGGUGCAUGGUUUACCUCAGCACAUUUGUGGCUGUCUGUGGCUCCUUUGCAUUUGGAUCUUGUGCCGGGUAUUCAUCACCAACACAAUCCGCCAUCAGAGAAGAUCUCAAUUUAUCUAUAGCAGAGUUCUCGCUCUUUGGAUCAAUAUUGACAUUUGGUGCGAUGAUUGGAGCAAUCACAAGCGGUCCCAUUGCUGAUUACAUUGGCCGUAAAGGGGCAAUGAGAAUGUCAAGUGCUUUCUGUGUUGCUGGGUGGUUUGCCAUUUACUUUGCUCAGGGAGCUCUUUCUCUGGACAUUGGAAGAUUGGCAACAGGAUAUGGAAUGGGAGUUUUUUCUUACGUGGUGCCUGUAUUUAUAGCUGAAAUUGCACCUAGAGAUUUACGAGGAGCUUUGACAACCAUAAACCAGCUGAUGAUAUGUUGUGGAGUCUCAGUUGCCUUCAUUAUAGGAACUAUGCUGACAUGGAGGACUUUGGCCUUAACAGGAUUAAUUCCAUGUGCUAUUCUCCUUUUCGGUCUCUUUAUUAUUCCAGAGUCUCCUAGGUGGUUGGCAAAAAUAGGACAUCAAAAGGAGUUUGAACUUGCACUCCGCAGACUUAGAGGCAAAGAUGCUGACAUAUCUGAGGAGGCAGCUGAAAUCCAGGAUUAUAUAGAAACCCUUGAAAAGCUUCCCAAAGUCAACUUGUUUGAUUUGUUUCAAAGAAGAUACUUGAGCUCACUCAUAGUGGGAGUUGGACUUAUGGUGUUUCAACAGUUUGGUGGAAUCAAUGGAAUCUGUUUCUACACCGGUAGCAUAUUUGAGUCCUCAGGGUUCCCCUCUGAUGUCGGAACUAUAAUCUAUGCAAUUAUACAGGUUCCCAUCACCGCAUUGGGUGCAGUCUUAAUUGACAGAGCUGGAAGAAAGCCUCUUUUAUUGGUUUCUGCGACAGGACUUGUCAUAGGCUGUAUACUAACAGGAACCUCAUUCUAUCUGAAGGGACAUGAAAUUGCAGUAAAGGGAGGACCAAUACUUGCCGUCACAGGCAUACUGGUCUAUAUCGGGUCCUUUUCGAUAGGAAUGGGAGCAGUUCCCUGGGUUGUAAUGUCGGAGAUAUAUCCAAUAAAUAUUAAAGGGGCUGCUGGGAGCCUUGCAACACUAGUGAAUUGGUUUGGGGCAUGGGCGUGCUCUUACACUUUCAACUUCCUCAUGACCUGGAACUCUUUUGGUACUUUCAUUCUUUAUGCUGCAGUCAAUGCACUCUCAAUUUUGUUUGUGAUCAAGAUAGUACCUGAAACCAAAGGAAGAACUUUGGAACAAAUCCAGGCUUCUAUUAAUGCAUCAUAAAAUGCUCAGCACCUUGUUUCGUCCUUCCUACUGAAAACUAUCAAAUAGCCAGAGAGAUGUCAGGACGCGCGCUGCUGGUUGAAAUCUCAUACUCAUCCUGGGAUUUUCCAAAGAUUUAAAAUGAUCGACUAUUUGUUGCAUAGGGGACCGUGUCCAUAUUCUCCAUUUGUUUAAGGUAUGAAUACCGUAUUAGAAUAAAAUGAUUAGAAUAAUGUGUUCCAGUGCCCUUUUUUUUUCUUCUGAGUAUCAUUCAGUUAGUCAAGAAAAGUCUUCCCAAGAUGUGGAAUCACAUUUUUGAACUGUACUCAUUGAUUUAUCUAUCUUGCAGAAACCCUAGUUUUCUGCUCGCUUUUCCUUAAUUACUUGGGAAA